UUGACACCUACAUUUUGCAAAUCUUUGCGGAAAGAAAAGGUUUACUUUAAAUUGUGAUGUGUAAUUUAUAUAGAAAUUAUAAUUUAGAAUUAAAUUUAAAUCUUGCAUCGCAUCCUUUAAGUCUUAACGCGAUAUUUUAUGCCCCUCUUUUCGCAGGAACUUGAAAUCCUGACACAUGACAACUCAUCCGGAAGAUGCUUGCUGACCCUCCUGGGUCUUGCGUUCAUUUUAACAGGCGUAAUUGUUGGUGGAGCUUGCAUUUAUAAAUAUUUCAUGCCAAGGCAUAGAGUAUUCCGUGGAGAAAUGUGUUAUUUCGAAAACGAUGAUAAUGGUCUGGAUGGUGAAACUGAGCCCUAUUUCCUCCCUAUUUCUGAGGAAGCCGAUAUUCGCGAGGAUGAAAACAUAGCCAUCAUUGACGUUCCUGUUCCCAAAUUCUCUGAUAGUGAUCCUGCUGCUAUUGUUCAUGAUUUUGAUAGACUUCUGACUGCUUACCUAGACCUGCAGCUCGGCAACUGCUAUGUAAUCCCUCUCAAUACUUCCAUUGUUAUGCCUCCAAGAAAUCUUAUGGACCUCUUUGCCAAACUCUCGACUGGAUCCUACCUGCCCCAGACUUAUUUGGUGCGCGAAGAACUGGUUGCUGCUGAAGAAAUCGAGGAUGUUUCUGAUCUGGGCAUCUUCAUCUAUCAGAUUUGUGGAGGGAAGAAAACUUUUAGACUCCGGCGCCGAGAGUCGAUAACCGGCUUUCAGAAGCGUUCUGCUGAACAAUGCCUCAAGAUUAGACACUUUCCCAACGAAUUUAUUCUUGAGACAAAAAUCUGUCAGCAGUGAAGAUCUCCAAGUACAAGAAGUCACAUGUUCCUGAAGUGGGGGCUUUUCAAUUUACAUUUUACUCCAAUGUGACUUCUAAUUAAAUCAUGCUGUCAUAAUCAGAA